CGCGCACACACACAUACACACGCGGGCGCGCAAAGAUGAGAUGCGGACACGGAGCAGCAGUCCCAGGAGCGGUUCCUCGGAGGCGCAGGUCUUGUCGUGAACCUGCAGCGACGCCCCCGGCGCGGGCACAAAGGCUCCGACGGCGGCCGGCCGGAGCUGCCGAACGCUCGGGAUUCGGCGCCAGAGGUCGCCUGCGCGCGCCCUAGCUAAGCCCCGGGCACCAUGGCGCGGCGCCUGCAGCCCCGGGCUGCGGGCACAAAGGGUCCGCCUGGCACGGCCGCGGCGGCGGCGGUGGCGGCCUCGGGGACCGGCCGGCAUCCUCACCCCUCCGCCUCAGGGGACUCGCCGGCGGCGGCCAAGCCGCUGCUGCGCUGGGACGAGGUGCCCGACGACUUCGUGGAGUGCUUCAUCCUGUCGGGCUACCGGCGUCUCCCGUGCACGGCGCAGGAGUGCCUGGCCUCGGUGCUGAAGCCGACCAACGAAACGCUCAACUUCUGGACCCACUUCAUCCCGCUGCUGCUGUUCCUCAGCAAGUUCUGUCGCCUCUUCUUCCUCAGCGGCCGCGACUUACCCUUCCACCACCCGUGGCUGCUGCCGCUGUGGUGCUACGCGUCGGGGGUGCUGUUGACCUUCGCCAUGAGCUGUACGGCGCACGUGUUCAGCUGCCUGUCGCUGCGCCUGCGCGCCGCCUUCUUCUACCUGGACUAUGCGUCCAUCAGUUACUAUGGCUUCGGCAGCACGGUCGCCUACUACUACUACCUGCUGCCCGGCCUGAGCCUGUUGGACGCCAGAGUCAUGACCCCGUACGUGCAGCAGCGCCUGGGCUGGCACGUGGAUUGCACAGGCCUCAUAGCUGCUUACCGCGCGCUCGUGCUGCCCGUGGCCUUCGUGCUGGCCGUGGCCUGCACCGUGGCCUGCUGCAAGAGUCGCACCGACUGGUGCGCCUACCCGUUCGCUCUGCGCACGUUCGUCUUCAUCAUGCCCCUCAGCAUGGCCUGUCCCAUCAUGCUUGAGAGUUUGCUCUUCGAUCUGCGAGGCGAGAAUCCCACGCUCUUCGUGCACUUCUACCGCCGCUACUUCUGGCUCGUCGUGGCUGCCUUCUUCAACGUGAGCAAGAUCCCGGAGCGCAUCCAGCCGGGCCUCUUUGACAUCAUUGGCCACAGCCACCAGCUCUUCCACAUCUUCACCUUCCUCAGCAUCUAUGACCAGGUGUACUACGUGGAGGAGGGCCUGCGCCAGUUCCUCCAGGCGCCGCCAGCUGCGCCCACCUUCUUGGGCACCGUGGGCUACAUGCUGCUGCUGGUGGUGUGCCUGGGCUUGGUCAUCAGGAAGUUCCUCAAAAACUCGGAAUUCUGUAGUAAAAAGUGAGCCCUUCACCUUGCGGGAGGCCGCUGGUUUGCUUACCUGUGUGUUGGCCGUUUUCUGUUGUCGCUGUUGCCGGUUUGUUUUCAAGUUUCCUUGUCUUUCUUCCUUGGUUCCAGGAGGGUGCUAAGAAUCCGAGGGAAAAGGGACCCACUCGGGACUUUGGAAGAGUGAGAAGGGGGACGGGGCAGGGGGGAAGAGGCGCUCUGGUUCUUGUCCAUGAGAAAAAGUCAGGUGAAUCUCAGAUUCAGCAAGCAAGCGGAAUCCCACAUCAGCACCCCCUCACAGCUCGCUUUUCCAGUGUCCCUCGACGGCAGGCUUAAUCAAGAGGACCCCCUUCUGAGGUCAGGAAUGCAGUAAAGAGUAUCACUAGAUAAAUUCCCCGCGGACUUCCAUUCCAGCUUUUUAAUUUAUCUUUUAUUAUUAUUAUUAUUUGUCAAAAGAAUGGAGCUUUGUAGGAAAGCAGCACGAAGACAUAAACCCAGGACUUAGCUGACUAGAAAAUGCAUGGAAUGUGAACACACGUGAAUUACUUGAACUCUCGCUAAUGUUAUUUAAAGAGUAAUAUAUACAAUGAUUGUUUUUUUCAUCAUUUAUCCAAGCCUGUUGGUAGGUGCGGCAUUCUCUUUUGUGGUAGUUUUGAAUUUUGCAGCUUUCUGCGUCCCGGACACUUGAACCGGAGCAAGGGAAGUUCUCAAGUCCUUUCUCAAACAGUGUUUUCUGAAGGGAGUGGCACAGCACAACUGUGAAUCAUUCUAUCCUAGGGACUGUGGUUAAACUUUUGGUAAGGAACAAGUGUUUUGAGUAGAUCCCAGAUUCCUGUUUACUUACCUGUAUUUCACAAACCCAGCCCUGAUUUUCUUGCUGAAUUUUCAUUGUCUUUUUUUUUUUCUCUUUAUUUAUUUAAAUUGCCAUUGGAAUAAACGUGCCUUUGCAAGCAA